CACUCAUGUAAUGUACUGGGUUAAAUAUUAAUAAGUAAGAUGGGGUAUAUUAGCCUGUGCAUUGACUGAUAGCACAUGGAGCAUGGCACAACCAUUUCCCACACUGCAUUCUCAUGCGGAACCUCUAUCAAUUUAGCUGCACAUCACUAUGAGCAGCUUCGGGCAGAUCCUAAAGGAGGUUGGGGAGUUUGGUUUGUUUCAGAAACGGUUAUUGGCUGCAUUAUGCAUCCCCAGCAUAUUUGCUGCUUUUGAUGUGAUCGGUCAGGUGUUUGCAGGAGUGAGCUUUCCACAUCACUGUAACGCUGACUGGAUCUUGGAGCGUGGGCCAAACCUGACGGAUGAAAGACGAAGAAAUCUCACCAUCCCAGUGAAUAAGGAUGGGAAGUAUGAAAGUUGUAAAAUGUUCACACCUGUGGAUGUGGAUUUGGAUUUGGAAAUUAUUGAAGCAUAUGGGAUUAACACUACAACAGGAUGCACAGAUGGAUGGGACUAUGAGACACCUGUAGGUGCUUCGAGCAUAAUGUCAGAGUUUGAUCUGGUUUGUGACAAGAACGGUAGGAUCGAGGCCUCACAGUCCAUCUACAUGGCAGGUUUUCUGUUUGGAGCGUUGACGUUUGGGGCAAUUUCUGACAGGUUCGGGCGACGCUUUGCAAUCCUCCUCUGCUUCUUUGUCCUACUAUUGUCUGGUGUGGGUGCUGCUUUCUCACCAAACAUCUAUGUUUACAUGGUCUUAAAAUUUUUCUGUGGGAGUUCAGGAGGUGUCAUUAUAAUGAACACAUCUGUGAUGGGAGUGGAGUGGACUCACUCAUCUAAGUCUGCUCUUUGCACAAUGUCCAUCAUUUUGUUCUUUCCUGCUGGACUGAUGCUGUUGUCUGGCAUUGCCUAUUUAACCCCCAACUGGAGGAUCCUGCAGCUGGUGCUCUACAGUCCUAUUCUCCUCCUCCUAGGAUUCUUGUACUGGUUUCUCCCAGAGUCAGCUCGCUGGCUGAUGACCCAUGGCAGGAAGGUGGAGGCACAGAAGGAGCUCCAGAGGGCAGCCAGGGUUAACGGGAAGACGGUCCCAGAACAUCUGCUGGACAAGCUUGAAAUGGAGGGAACAGUGGAGAGAAGAAACAUGUUGGACAUCUUCCGAAUAUCGUAUUUGAGAAAACGUACUUUCAUAAUGGGCUACAACUGGUUCUCAAUAAGUCUUCUGUAUUAUGGACUGAGCCUGAAUGUUGGCAGUUUCGGCCUGAAUAUCUACCUCACACAGUUCAUCUUUGGUGUUGUCGAAGUACCAGCAAACCUGAGUGUUUUGACCCUAGUUCAACAUCUUGGAAGGAGAAAAUGUCAAGUAGGCUACCUGUUCUUUGGGGGUGCUGCAUGCCUCCUGGUCCUUGCUAUCCCAAAAGAUCUUCCUGUGGUGGUAACAAUCAUAGCCGUAAUAGGGAAAUUUGCUGCUACUGCCUCUUUCGACACAGCCUAUGUUUACACUGCAGAGUUAUACCCAACCAUUUUAAGGCAGAAUGGUGUAGGUCUAAACUCCACGUGUGCUCGUGUGGCGGGCAUCCUUGCGCCACUGAUCAGGCUCCUGGGCGUCUACCAUCACACCAUCCCCAUGCUGAUAUACGGUGUCGUCCCCAUUGCUGCUGCAGGUUUCUCUUUACUACUGCCUGAAACCCUCAAUGUUGAACUGCAGGACCACGCUGAGCUCAAGAAACCAGGUAUUGGACCUGCUGCGAACAGAUACAGUGCUACAGUGCUACCGACGGACACAAGCAUUAAUUUGUACUGAAAUCAUUUAAUAUCGUAAUCGUUUAUUUUUCCUUAUUCAUAAUCAGGUAUGAAACUAUCAACUAUAAUUUCUUGUUGUUUCAGUUAACUGAUUUCUAACUGAUUUAUUUAACAUGGAUUUAUCAGUCUGCAGUCACCAAAAUUUAAAGCUUCAAAUAAAUAACUUUUUCAUUUGUAAGCUAUUAAAUAAAGUUUUUUGUUGGUUAUCUACAGUCUGUCAGAUUUAUUUUGCCUGUACAGAAGAUUUUGAUAUUUUCAUAAUUUGACUUUGUUUAUAUAUAAAAUUCUGCAUAUGUGUAGUUGUUAUAAAAUCAUUUGUUGUAUCAUCUGAUCUCAGUCAUCGGUGUCAAGAUUAAACUUGAAGCAUAUUUUGC